UCUGCAUAAAUAGGCAGCACCCCAAUCCCAGCCCACACACAGACCCCCAACUCGGAGCCGUCCUCUUCACUCAAGCUCUCCUGCAGCCAUGGCUCAGUCACUGGUUCUGAGCAUCCUUGUCCUGGUCCUGGCCUUCUGCAUCCCCCACACCCAAGGCAGUGAUGGAGGAGCCCAGGACUGUUGCCUCAAAUACAGCCUAAGGAAGAUUCCUACUCACGUUGUACGCAGCUACCGGAAGCAGGAGCCAAGCCUGGGUUGCCCCAUCCCAGCUAUCCUGUUCUCACCCCGGAAGCGCUCUCAGCCAGAGCUAUGUGCAGACCCCCAAAAGGCCUGGGUGCAGGAGCUGAUGCGGCAUCUGGACAAGCCACCAGCCCCACGGACACAAGCCCAGGACUGUAAGAAGGACAAGAGGGCCUCCAAAUCUGGCAAGAAGGGAAAGGGCUCCAAAGGCUGUAAGAGGACUGAGACCCCCAAAAGGGCCAUAGCCCAGUGACCAGCCUGGAGCCCAGGAGGCCCCUACAGUCGCAACGGGGCUUGGAGCCCCAACCCAAGGGGUAAAAGUGGGCUAGGAGAGAGAGAGGACUCGGGGCCCCAGCGCAGCCACCCCACACCGGCCUUGCCUCACCCCUUCUCCAGCUUCAACCACCCCUCCGUGUUCCCGCCCUACCCUGCACGGCGCAGCAGCCCACAUCACGCCAGGCCUAGAGAGACAGAGAAGACAAAGUCCCCCAGGAAGUAUGAGAGGUAGCAGCAGGACUGUCCCCUCUGAGGAAAGGUCACCGAGGGCCCUGGACCUGACACUGCUCCCCACUGUACCCCACCUCUUCUUUGUAAAUAUGAUAUAUACCUAACUGAAUAAAAAGCCAUUCCGGCCUUCUUCCCAA